AUGGCUAAAUUUGAAUCAUCUACAGUUGUGAAACGAAAACAAUGGGCCGAGUUUGGUAAAAACACGCCUGGUGAAACCGCUAUUAGAGAAAUAUUUCAACGCUUUUGUGAAGCUGGUACAGUUGAAGAUCGAGAACGUCCUGGAAGACCAUCAGAAAUUACCGAAGAAAAGAUUGACGAAGUUGCUGAAGUUAUUGAAAAUGAACCACAAUCGAGCGUUCGAUCUGUUGCAACAGCCUGCUCUAUUUCACGAACAACAGCACAUCGAAUUAUGACUGAACAUCUGUCAUGGAAACCGUACAAGGUGCAAUUUGUACAAGAACUUUAUGAAGAAGAUAUGCAAAACAGGGUUGAGAUGUGUAAAACUCUGAUACCAAUGUUAGAAGAUAAUCAUAUUCAACAAAAUUUAUUCUUUUCAGACGAAGCAACCUUUUAUUUAAAUGGAUUAGUCAAUAAACAUAAUGUCAGAUAUUGGCCUGAAACGAAUCCACAUGUUACUAUUGAAACAGUUAUGAAAUCUCCUAAACUCAACGUUUGGUGUGCUAUAUCAAAAAAUCAAUUAGUAGGGCCAUAUUUCUUUGAGGAUGAUACUGUUAAUGGGAAUAAUUACCUGUCAAUGCUUCAAAACUUCUUUAUUUGGGAGGUGAGGAAAUUGCACAAUGUUCGGCCUAUCGUAUUUCAGCAAGAUGGAGCUUCUGCUCCUUUCUCAACCGACGUACGACAGUAUCUCGACAAUCAUUUUCCUAACAGGUGGAUCAGAAGAGGUGGUCCAAUUCGAUGGGCUCCACGCUCACCGGAUUUGACCCCUCUUGAUUUCGUUUUAUGGGGUCAUGUCAAAAGCAACAUCUACAAAACUCGUGUCAAAAAUGUGGCGGAAUUAAAAAGAAGAAUCAACAUCGAAAUCUAA